UCGCCCGCCGCCCACCAUGGCCCAGCAGCAAACAGGUAGCAGGAAACGGAAAGCGCCGGCUAUCGAGGCCGGCGCCGGGAGCUCCUCGUCGCAGGGCUUGGCGGCGGCGGACGGAGAGGGGCCGCUACUACCUAAGAAGCAGAGGCGGCCGGCGACGCGUCGCUGGCUGGUGCACUAUCUGAAGGGCCGGGAGGUAGGCGCCCGGGGCGCAGCGGGGCUCCAGGGCUUCGAGAGCGAGCUGCGGGGCUACGCGGUACAGAGGCUGCCCGAGCUGCUGACGGAGCGCCAGCUAGACCUGGGCACCCUCAACAAGGUGUUCGCGUCUCAGUGGCUGAACUCCAGGCAGGUGGUGUGCGGCACCAAGUGUAACACGUUCUUCGUGGUGGACGUGCAGUCGGGCCACAUCACACGCAUCCCCCUCAUGCGGGACAAGGAUGCCGGCCUGGCCCCGGCCCAUCAUGGCUGCGGCAUCCAUGCCAUCGAGCUGAAUCCCUCCAAGACGCUUCUAGCCACUGGCGGCGAAAACCCCAACAGCCUGGCCAUCUACCGGCUGCCCACCCUGGAUCCCCUGUGCCUGGGCGACCGCCAUGGCCACAAGGACUGGAUCUUUGCCAUCGCCUGGCUGAGUGACACCGUGGCUGUGAGCGGCUCCCGCGACGGCACCGUGGCGCUGUGGCGGAUGGACCCGGACAUGUUCCAUGGCAGCAUUGCCUGGCACAGUGAGGUGGGUCUCCCCAUAUAUGCCCACAUUCGUCCUAGGGAUGUGCAAACCAUCCCCAGGGUCAGCACCAACCCGGGCAACCGCAAGGUGCGGGCCCUGGCCUUCAGCGGCAAAAACCAGGAGCUGGGAGCGGUGUCCUUGGAUGGCUACUUCCACCUGUGGAAAGCCCGGAGCACACUAUCCAGGCUGCUGUCCAUCAGGCUGCCCUACUGCCGAGAGAAUGUAUGCCUGACCUACUGCGAUGAAUUGUCCGUGUACGCUGUGGGAUCUCAGUCCCACGUGUCCUUCCUGGAUCCACGCCAGCGCCAGCACAACAUCCGGCCCCUGUGCUCUCGAGAGGGUGGCACGGGCGUGCGGUCGCUGAGCUUCUACCGCCAUCUGAUCACUGUGGGCACCGGCCAUGGCUCCCUGCUCUUCUAUGACAUCCGCGCCCAGAAGUUCCUGGAGGAGAGAGCUUCCACGAGCCUCGACUCCACUCCGGAACCUGCAGGGAAGAAGCUCAAGCUCGACUGUGGCAGAGGCUGGCUCAACCACGAUGAUUUCUGGGUGAAUUACUUUGGUGGCAUGGAAGAGUUGCCCAGUGCGCUGUACACCCACUGCUACAACUGGCCGGAGAUGAAGCUCUUUGUGGGUGGGGGACCCCUCCCUGCAGGCCUCCAUGGGAACUACGCAGGCCUCUGGAGCUAAGGAUGGACGCCUUGUUCUCCAGGUGGAACCAGCCCAACUUAACCUGUACUCCUCCAAGCAGAGAUAGUGAGUGAUCUUUUGGUCAAUGAAAACUUGGCUUUAAGACUUUUUGACUCCUGUCCAACACCAUCUUUUUGAAUUUUCAUACCAAGAAUUUUGGUUAAUCUUUAGUUGCAUUCUCUUUGAGUGAUUCAUAUAUUCUGUUUCUUAAAGGAGAUGCAGUUGUGGUCUUAGAAUUACAUAUAUUCCCUUUUUCCCCUUGUUACCAGUAUUACAACAGCAUUGUUUUUAGUUAUUUUUCAUUGCUGAUACAUGGUAUACUAAAAGAAAUUUUUCUAGUAAGCAGGGUGUUUCUACAUCUUUUCUGGAGAGCUUACCACAGUUUUAUAGCAUUGUUCGAUUGGAAAAAUACAUUCCAAUUUCUAGAUUAGAUUAUCUACUUUUGGAAACAAUUUUGAA